AAAAAUAGAGAUGGGAAAAUACUUGAGCACUAUGGUUAUGGUGAUUCUUUACUCCAUAAUAAUGAUGGCUUUACCGACGGUUAAAUCCGUCGCUGAAGAUCCAGAAGCUGUGGAAGCAUGGUUCGACAAUCUCAAGUACAAGAAAGAAAAAACGACUAAACUUCAUUUCUAUUUUCACGACACAAUCACGGGACAAAACAUAACGGCGACAAAAGUGGCCCAAGCCACUUUCACCGACAAAUCUCCAUCCAGAUUCGGGGAGGUGUACGUAAUGAACGAUCCGUUGACGGUUGGGCCAGAUAUCAACUCCGAGCAAUUGGGCCGAGCCCAAGGAAUCUUUGUAUCGUCUGAUUUUGAUGAGGUAAGUUUUCUUAUGACUCUCAACUAUGUAUUCACAUCUGGACCUUAUAACGGUAGCACUUUGAGCAUUUUGGGACGUAACCCAAUCUUUCAUACUUAUCGUGAAAUGUCGAUUGUUGGAGGGUCGGGUAUUUUUCGAUUGGCGAGAGGAAUUGCAACCGCAAAGACGUAUUGGGUUAAUGCGACGGCAUUUAAUGCAAUUGUGGAGUACCAUGUCGUCGUUCUUCACUAUUGA